AUCUUCCUUCACAAACCCAAACCCCAAACCACCUCUUCUUCUUCUGUCUUCCUUUUGUUCUCGACAUGAACCUGGAAGAGAAAGUCACCAUGGACUUGAUUAAUCAACCAUCUGAGCAUCUUUGCUAUGUCCGCUGCAACUUCUGCAGCACUGUUCUUGCGGUUGGGCUUCCAUUCAAACGGUUGCUGGACACUGUGACGGUGAAAUGUGGUCAUUGCAGCAACCUGUCGUUUCUCAGCACCAGACCUGCACUUCAAGGUCAAUGCCUUUCUGAUCACCCCACCUCCUUGACUCUUCAGCAGGCCGGAUGCUGCAGUGACUUCAGAAAGGGCCAAUCCUCAUCAUCAUCUUCACCAAUAUCAAGCGAGCCAUCAUCCCCCAAAGCACCCUUUGUUGUCAAACCACCUGAGAAGAAACACAGACUUCCAUCUGCUUACAAUCGGUUCAUGAAAGAAGAGAUCCAGCGAAUCAAAGCAGCCAACCCAGAGAUCCCACAUCGAGAAGCUUUUAGUGCUGCAGCCAAAAAUUGGGCUAGGUACAUUCCUAGUCCGUCAGCUGGAUCAGAUUCUGGGAGCUGCAGCAGCACUAACAACAUUUUGCAGGAAUGAACAUCCUAGCCAUGUGCUACCAAAACCCAAAAACGCCAUGACAUGGGAUGGGGAUGAUCACCACCUGAAUUUGGGUUUUGCCUCUCUCACUCAGAUUGAUGCUUGCUUUGCUUCCCAUAGAGAUCUAGAUCAGCUGCCUACCUUAGCUACCACUACAUCAUCUCAUUUCUUCAGCAUAUAUAUAUAUAUAUAAUUAGAAGUACUCGUUUAGUUCCUUCCUGUUAAUUAGAACUUGAGUUUGACU